UUUAAGGAAAUUAUGUCAUUAUUCUAUUUAAUUAUAUUUUUAUUCGCAUCAAUUAAUCAACUACUAAUUAAAGCCCAACAACAACAAAAUUUAGCUAUACAUGAAUUACCCCUUCCAACACCCAUAAUUUUGGAAGAUGUUAAUUCAACUUCAACAUCAUUCCCAAAUCCUUUAAAUUCAACCUCAAGUCUAGGGACAACCGCCCCAUUAACCUCUCAAUUAGCCAAACCUCCUUCUGAUGCCGAGAGAAUAAAUAGAGAAACUGGGACAACAAUGGCAGGAAUUUAUCAACAAUUAGAUAAUCAAAGUAAUAGUGAAAAGACAAAAAAAGAUUCAGAAAAGAAUUUAACGACUGGAAAUGUUGCUAGACGCUCACCAGAUUCCUCUACAAAUUAUGAAAAUGAACAUAGACACAGUUUGAAACCGGAGACUAAAGAUGAAAUGUUUGCAAGAAUGGAUUCUGAUGGGGACAAUAUGAUAACAUUGCAAGAUUAUAUGAAUAGAGAUCGUUACUAUGUCGAGUCUGUUAAGGCAGAGUUUAACGAUAUCGACACAAAUGGUGAUGGAAUGGUUUCGAAGCAUGAAUUUGAUGCUUUUGUUCGUCGAUUAGAUGAACAGAGGGAGGCGGCAAUGAGAAAUGCAUCCAACUUUACCCUACAGAGAAAUGAUGCAAAUAAAGACGGGGAAUUGAGUGAAGAAGAGCUUGGGGCCUACAUUAAAGGAACACUACAAAGAAAUAUAGAUAGAUUACCUCAAGUUUUUAGUCAAUUUGAUAGAGAUGAAAAUGGGAAGCUUAAUUUGGAAGAAUUUCACAAUCUCGACUUCAAUUUUCCUUGGGAAAAGUUUCCUUUAUCUACGGAACAAUUACCCCACAAUAAUCAUCAACAGCUUCCCCCAACAUUCUUCAGUGCUAACGGCCCCGUUCCACCUCCCUUUGUUAAUGAACAAGCAGCAGCUGCAAUCCCUUCUGAUUUCAGUUCUUCACCUUCUAUGGGAGGGCACAUGCAUGCAUUGCCUGUUCCCCAACCAAUUAGAAUUAAUUAA